CAUGGUCCCUACCGGCUGGAGUGCAUCCAAGCUAUUCCAAUGUGCCUGUGAUCAGGUAAACAGGCAUAUUUUAAACAUUAGGCCAUUUAGCUCAAGUAAAAAUCAAGAGAAGAUACAGCCAAGUAGGUCUGAAUCAUGACAAUGAUUUGCCUCAAAGACGAGAGAAUUUGUCCCGUUUAAUUUGUACUGAGGUGUCUUUUAUCUCCUUGGUGGGUUUUUCCUGCAUGCUAGUAUUCUGCCAAAUUGGCUAAUGAAAGAAACAGAAUCCCAACUAAUAGUUUUCCAUCAGUAGUACUACUCAAAAACCAUGGAGUACUAAAUUUCAAAACAUCACCCAUGCCUCCAGCACCUCCAUCUCUACCAGCCCUUCUGAAUGGCUAGUUUAGUCUCCACAUCCCAGCCCAAGAAACUCUCUCUUUUCCUCAACACAUCCUUCCUCUUCCUCCUCUCAUUCUUCAUCUUCACCAAUGUCCUCAGCCAGUCCAAAGGCUCUACCACAGCCUCAUUUAUCCAUGCUAGAAGAGCACUCUUGCAGCACCCAAACAGUGAUAAUUGCACAGGGAUUCAUCAGCACGCUGAUUAUGAAGCCAAGUGUUCAUAUGUGAAAUCGGAAAAGGCUUGUUUGCCCAAAGGGUACAUAAACUACCUCCAAGUUUUCUACUGCAGCUGUGGCCAAGUGCCCGUGUUGGGCUACGUUGUCUUGCUCAUAUGGCUUGUUCUUCUGUUCUAUUUGUUGGGUGACACUGCUAAAGAAUACUUCUGCCCAUCAGUGGAAAGCUUGUCUAAGAUCUUGAAGCUCUCGCCAACCAUCGCCGGAACCACCCUCCUUCCUCUUGGUAAUGGUGUCACCGAUGUGUUUUCCAGCAUCAUCUCCUUUACCCGUUCCGGUGAUGGUGGUGUUGGCCUCAACAGUGUACUGGGAGGGGCUUUCUUCAUAUCUAGUGUAGUUGUAGGCACCAUAAGCAUAUUGAUCACAGAUCAUGAGAUUGCAGUUGACAAAUCUAGCUUUGUAAGAGACGUCCUCUUCUUCCUUUUUGCUAUUUCUUCUCUGUUCUUCAUCGUUAUAGUUGGAAGAAUCAGCUUGUGGGGUGCAGUUUCUUUUGUUUCUAUUUACUUGGUCUAUAUUCUGUUGGUUUCUCUCAUGCACUUCUUCUACAGAAAGAAAGAGAGGGUAGUAAACUUAUCAACAGCCUCUCCAAGUUCAAGGAGCUUUCUAGGUGAAUUUGGUGAGACGGGCGUGCCAUUACUGGGCUAUGUUGAUGAAGAAAUCCCCAUUUCAGUGGAUAAAGCUGAUCUUGAAGCUUCGGAUCAGAAAGAAGGAGAAGUACUAAUUCCGGAUGUUGAAUCACCAAUUUUCGUACACUUGUUCUGGUUUCUACAUCUUUUGGAGCUGCCCCUCUACUUGCCAAGAAGGCUCACCAUACCAGUGGCUCGAGAUGAAAGAUGGUCCAGGCCAUUUGCUGUUAUUUCAGUUACACUGGCGCCAAUUCUAAUAGCCACUAUUUGGAACACUCAAAGGCAAAACAUGGAUGCCAAAACCAGUUCUGAAAUCUACAUCACUGGAGCAUCACUUGGCUUUGUUCUUGGGAUUCUUGCAUUUUCCACCACCAAGAAAUCCGGCCCACCAAACAAGUUCUUGCUCCCUUGGAUUACAGCAGGGUUCUUGAUGAGCAUCACGUGGACAUACAUCAUCGCAGAGGAAUUGGUUUCUUUGCUGGUUUCUUUAGGGCACAUACUGGGAAUUAGCCCCUCAAUUCUAGGGCUUACAGUCCUCGCUUGGGGCAACUCAACAGGGGAUCUGAUAUCCAAUGUUGCACUGGCCAUGAAUGGUGGCUCAGAUGGGACUCAAAUUGCAGUGUCAGGCUGCUACGCGGGGCCAUUGUUCAACACAUUGGUGGGACUGGGGUUCUCCCUGGUUUUUGCAUCUUGGUCUGAAUACCCAUCUUCUUAUGUGAUUCCUAGUGACCCUGUUCUGUUGGAGAUUUUGGGAUUUCUCAUGGCUGCCUUGCUCUGGGCUCUUGUGAUUUUGCCCAAGAAAAAUAUGAAGCUGGAUAAGUCUCUGGGCAGCGGGCUCUUGGCCAUCUACUUUUGCUUUCUGUUCCUGAGAUUUUCCGGGGCUCUUGACAUUCUGAAUCGCUAAUGGGGCUUGAAGAUGAAUUCUCCCACGUUUGAACUCGUUUUGCUCUUUCUCAGUAAUAUAUACUUGUGAAGGAUCUGUUCUACUCUGUUUAAAUUCGAUUUCAAAUCUUUUCGUUUUCUUCUUCUUCUUUCUGUUUUCGAUCGAGUCGAGAAAUUCGUGUGCUUGACUCAAUGGACUCGUUCAAACCCAACAACUGGGUGUGGAAAGAAUCUGCAAAGGGCUUUCGCUUUCAAGAGGCAACGCAGAGAGAGUUGAGUUGUUCAUUCCCCAUGGGCAAAGCUCGUCGGCAGCCCGCAAUGAAUGUCGUCCGAGUUCCAUAAUUCCGAUGGGUUAAGAUCUCGCCAGUGUUGGGUGAGUCAAUGCUUCCCAUCCUUGCUUUUUUUUCUUUUUUUUUUUAUAAUAUAUAUAUAUAUUUUUUGUCAAUAAGAACCUGCAUUGCAUUGAAUAAAUAUUGGAAAAGAUGUCGCCAUAGUCCCUUACAAUCUGGAUUCAUCAUUUUUCUC